UAGGGCCUGCAGCUUUGUGUCUGCUCACGCUGACCCGUAAGGCGGGGGAGUGAGGAUUCGGCCUUUCGCUAUCUGGUGCGGCUUCAGUUUUCCUGCGGUAGGAGAGGUUGCCGUGGAAAAGCGGGCCAAGGCAGGGCCUGUGGAGCCGUGAUGAACCUCUAGGAACCUGGUUAGGAUGUCAGAAGAGCCCAGGCCUCCAACUGUGAUUUUUGGCCAGGUGGUUAUUGGGCCACCUGGCUCGGGGAAGACCACCUAUUGCAAGGGGAUGCAAGAGUUUCUCUCAAAGCUGGGCCGCAAGGUCGCAGUAGUGAACCUUGACCCUGCUAAUGAUCUUAUUCCAUACCAGUGUUUUGUGGACAUUGCUGAGCUGGUGAAACUUGAUGAUGUUAUGGAUGGUCUCGGACUGGGCCCUAAUGGAGGGCUCAUUUACUGCAUGGAAUACUUGGAGGCAAACCUGGAUUGGCUACUGGGCAAGCUAGAACGCUUCAAGGACUGUUACUUCCUGUUUGACUGUCCUGGUCAGGUGGAGCUGUACACCCACAACAGCUCUGUGAGGAACAUCCUUGGACAAUUAGCCAAGUGGAAUUUCAGGCUAACGGCUGUCCAUUUGGUGGAUUCUCACUACUGUACCGAUCCAGCAAAGUUUAUUUCCAUCCUCUGCACAUCCCUGUCCACCAUGCUACAAGUGGAGCUACCUCACGUCAACAUCCUCUCCAAAAUAGAUCUCAUCGAACAGUUUGGGAAACUAGCAUUUAAUCUGGAUUAUUACACUGAGGUGUUGGAUCUGUCUUACCUGUUGGACCAUUUGGCCAAAGAUCCUUUCUUCAAAAAUUUUCGACGAUUAAACAAGAAACUGGUGGAAGUGAUCGAAGAUUACAGUCUGGUCUCCUUUAUACCUCUUAAUGUGCAGGAUAAAGAGACCAUGAAGCAUGUGAUGAAGGCUGUCGAUAAGGCGAACGGAUACUGUUUUGGGGAUUCGGAGCAGAGAACACUGGAAGCCAUGAUGUCAGCAGCAGUUGGAGCAGAUUUCCAGUUUGCCAUGUCAAUGGAUGCCCAGGAGAAAUAUGUGAAAUCAAUUGCCGAGGAUGUGGAGGAGGAGGUGAUGCAGCUCUCAAGUCCACACACAAACUUUGAUGCAACGUGAAUUCUUUCGUUGAGUGAUUGCCCAAGGUUGCUGGGACUCCCCUGAUAGAGACUCGGUGAUGGAGGUGGCAUCUCCCAAUAUGCUUGCUGGUUCUUGAUGUGGAAGUACAUUCUGGGAUUGGUAGUUUUCACACUUGCCACAGCUGCUGCUGACCUCCUUUUGCCAAUUUUGUUAAUGGCCAACUUGCAUCGCUCAGAGUGGGAAUAUUUGAAAAAUAAUUUGUAUCCAGGAUGUUAAACCUUUGUUUUUCCUUUUCCUUUUGGGGAAAAAAACAUGCCCAAUAAAGAUGUUUAGUUUCAGUA